AUGCCCACUUUGCCGGCUCCCAUAACGCUCUUACAGACGUACCUUGUGCUAUGGACUAGUUUUUUUAAUUGGGGAGGAGGUCCAGCCCUACUUGAAAGCCUUGACGGUUGUCCGGGGUAUAAUGCCAGCAACGUGCAGCGUUCGGACAGCAGACUGACAGCCGAUCUUACGUUGGCUGGGACAGCUUGCAAUAUCCAUGGCCAGGACCUAAAAGAUCUGAAGUUUCUGGUAGAGUGGCAGUCAGACUCGCGCCUUCAUGUCAUGAUAUACGAUAAGGCUGAGCAAGUUUAUCAAGUUCCAGACUUCGUCGUGCCUCGGCCAUCAGGAUCAAUCAGCUCAGACGCUUCCCUACUCGAUAUUUCUAUCAAGGAAGCGCCAUUUUCAUUCACCGUAACUCGUAAAAGUAACAGCGAGGUCAUCUUCACAACGGAAGGUUCUAACCUGAUCUUCGAGACCCAAUACUGGCGCCUAAGAACUUCAUUGCCCGACAACCCGUAUCUCUAUGGCUUAGGCGAGCAUACCGACUCCUUGCGAUUGCCCAUAUCCAACUAUAUCAGAACACUGUGGGCUCGAGACUCAGGCGCCGUGCCCCAAAAUUCAAAUCUUUACGGAACCCAUCCCGUCUACUAUGAACACCGAGCAAAAUCCGGAAAAUCACACGGUGUACUUUUGCUCAACAGCAAUGGUAUGGACGUCAAGAUCAACAACGAUAAUGGUCAGUAUCUUGAAUACAAUGUCAUCGGGGGAGUCGUGGAUCUGUACUUUAUGGCUGGACCUGGACCUCUCGACGUUGCUCGCGAAUAUAGCGAAAUCACACGAAAGGCUGCGAUGAUGCCGUACUGGGGGUUCGGAUUUCACCAGUGUAAAUAUGGGUACAAGAGCGUUGGCGAGGUUGCCGACGUUGUAGCCAGUUAUCAUGCAGCCAACAUUCCUCUAGAGACAAUGUGGACGGAUAUCGACUAUAUGGAUAGGUAUAAGGUAUUUACGUUGGGCGAAAAGUUCCCGUUGAAAGGCAUGCGCGAUUUGGUUGAUGAUCUCCACCGCAACAACCAACACUACGUCCUCAUGGUGGAUCCAGCUGUUGCCGCGCAAGAUUAUGCUUCUUACAAUAACGGAGUGAAAGCAGAUGCUUUCAUCAAAAGAAAUGACGACAGUGUCUACAAGGGCAUAGUCUGGCCAGGUCCCACUGCUUAUCCUGACUGGUUCGCGAAUAAUACUCAAAGCUAUUGGGAUGAUGAAUUUGCUAAGUUCUUCGACGCCGAUUCUGGGGUGGAUAUCGAUGCACUGUGGAUCGAUAUGAACGAGCCUGCAAACUUUUGCGAGUACCCAUGCAACAACCCAGAAGCAGAAUCAGGAGAUAACACUCAUCUCGAGCUUCGUAGUCUGGUUUCUCCUCAGGAGCCUGGCUCAAAGAAGGGGCUACCUGGACGAGAUCUUAUCCAUCCGUCGUACAAUAUCAGAAACGAGUUUGGACUUUUGAGCUGGAAGACUGCAGACACAGAUCUUAUCCAUCAUGGUGGUUGGGCUGAGUAUGAUACCCACAGCUUGUACGGGACAAUGAUGAGCGAAGCUAGCCGUCACAGUAUGCUGAAAAGACGACCCGACAAGCGUCCUAUGGUCAUCACUCGCAGCACCUUCCUAGGCGCAGGCAGUUACGUUGGUCACUGGCUGGGCGAUAAUGUCUCUUCCUGGGACCAGUAUCUCACUUCAAUUCGUCAUCUCCUGCAGUUUGUGGCAUUCUUCCAGGUCCCUAUGGCUGGUGCUGAUGUUUGUGGAUUCCUCAAUGAUGCCGAAGAACAUCUUUGCGCUCGCUGGAUGGUUCUAGGAGCUUUCUACCCAUUCUACCGAAACCAUAAUGUUGAAGGGGCAAAACCACAAGAAGCAUAUCGCUGGGAAUCUGUAGCAGCUGCAGCAAGGAAGGCCAUCGAUCUGCGCUAUCGUCUUCUUGAUUACAUCUACACAGCUAUGCUGCGGCAGACUGUAGACGGUACUCCCAUGCUUUCGCCCUUGUGGAUGCACUAUCCCGACGACGCCAACACCUUCGCGAUUGAAACGCAGUUUUUCUACGGCCCCUCACUGCUCGUCAAUCCGGUGACUGUAGAACACUCGACAUUGGUAUCUUUCUACCUCCCCAACGGUACUUGGUAUGAUUUGUAUACACACAAACCUGUUGCAGGCGCUGGCAGCAUGAUCACCUACACGAACAUCACCCACACAGAUAUACCUGUUCUCGUCCGUGGUGGCUCAAUCAUCCCUAUGCGCAUCAAUAGUGCGAAUACCACAACAGCGUUGCGUAACCAGAAUUUCGAAUUGUUUGUCGCACCUGAUGCAGACGGGAAAGCGAAUGGCACAUUAUAUCUUGACGACGGGGAGAGUUUGGUGCAGAACGGUACAAGUGAAAUCAUGUUCAGCUGGAAUGGGUCUAUGAUCACGACGAGGGGAACGUUUGGUUUCCCGACGACACUUUAUGUAAAGAGUGUCACCGUUAUGGGUGAUGGAGACGCGCAUAAGUACGAAUUGAAUGCGAGCUUGCGUGGGGCAUGGGAGCAGAUGUUGUAA